GAAAGAAUAAGAAUUGAGGUAUCAACUAUCGACCAACGAGAAGAAGAAAGGGAUUCAAGGAUUGUAGAGAAAGGGCAGUGAUGGCUGCUGAGUCGCCAAGUUCUGUUCGUAAAGUGGUUGUUCAUCUCAGAGCCACCGGUGAUGCUCCUAUUCUGAAGCAAUCAAAAUUCAAGAUAGCAGGAACUGAUAAAUUUGCCAAAGUGAUAGACUUUCUUCGCCGGCAGCUCCACAGGGAGACAUUGUUUGUAUACGUCAAUAGUGCUUUUUCACCAAACCCUGAUGAAUUGGUCAUUGAUUUGUACAAUAAUUUUGGUUUUGAUGGCAAAUUGGUGGUGAACUACGCUUGUUCCAUGGCAUGGGGCUAACUCUGAAUGAUGGUUGCUGAUUAUAAAUGCUCCAUAUUGUGAAUACAUCUUUGUUUGCUCAAAUUGUUGGGCGGCUGCAUAUUUCAGCAGAAACUCGGAAUUUUAAUACAAUCAUCAAAGUACACGAUUUCUUUUUAACUUGAAGAUUUUUCCAAGAUGGUAAUAGAACAAAACCAACACUGGAAUCUCCACGAUUUAUUGGUUUUAAAUUCUUUUUGGGGGGCGUGUCCAUACAUUCAAAGCAUAUUGGAGUCACCCUUUUGGGUUUAUUCAUGUCUUGAUAGUUAUGGAUGAUUAUGGCUGAGAGACUUAUACUGCUUUUUGAAGUGUUAAUUCUUCAGUUGUUAAAUCUGUAAUCAUUAUCAUGUUGAUGGCUUCAGCCAAUAUUUUUUGGAAUUGUACAUCUUAAUAGUAAGACUUUCGCAGCUUCACAUCCGUUCAUUACUUGGUC